AUGUCGGCAUUUGAGCGAUUGAUCCGUUUCGAGGAUAAAGAUGGGAAGACAGUGUAUGGAAAUUUGGAAAAGGAAGUUCCGACAAAGGAGAUUGAGGGGAGCAGUGUAGAAGUUCUGGAAGGAGAUGUCAAGAGUGGGUUUAAGAAGACAGGUCAGAAGACCACUGUCGGAAAGCUACUAUGUCCUCUCCCAACAACAAACAUUAUCCUCUGCGUCGGUCUCAACUACCGCCGCCACGCGGAAGAAUGCAAUCUCCAGAUCCCUUCCAACCCAGCCAUCUUCACUAAACCAUCUGACGCCCUCGCUGGUCCCCUAGAAGACAUCCCCAUCCACCCCUCCUGCCAAUCCCAACUCGACUACGAAGGCGAACUAACCCUCGUCGUCUCCAAGGACUGCAAAAACAUCGCAGCAAAAGACUAUGCCGACUACCUCCUCGGCUACACAAUCUCCAACGAUGUCUCUGCGCGGAACUACCAGUUACCCGCUUCUGUAUCCGGCGGCCAGUUUGGAUAUGCAAAGUCUUUUGAUAAGUUUGCGCCGGUAGGACCGUGUAUUGUUUCGCCAAAGUUGAUUCCCGAUCCGCAGAAACUGAAGUACUGGACCAAAGUCAAUGGGGAGAAGAGGCAGGAAACUGGCACUGAUGAUAUGAUCUUCAAGGUGGGUGAGGUGUUGGAGCAUUUGAGUCGGGGGACUACGUUGAGGGCUGGAACUGUCAUUCUGACGGGCACACCGAGUGGAGUGGGACUGUUCAUGGAACCGAAGGGUUUCUUGAAAGAUGGAGAUGAGGUGGAGGUGUACGUCGAGGGAAUCGGGAGUAUCGUUAACAAGAUGAAGUUUGAGUAA